UGCAAGCCAUUAAGUGUUUACUGUCUGAACAAAUCGCAUAUUAUCGUUAAUUUUUGCGUUUCUCGUAUUUUAUUUUAUUUUUUCAUAAAAAAUAAAUUUAGUUUGGUCGUUUGUUCUCGUCUGAGACCGUAUAACAGUUAACAGUGUCUGUGAUAUCAGUAUUUAGAUAGAAAUCUAAAUUCACCACCGGCGAAUUCAAUUAAGGAUUAAAAAUUACCUCAACCACAUCCCUCCAAGGAAUAUAAUUAGUGUUUUUCUUGUAUAUAAACGACGAAAAUCAAAACCAAAUCAACAAAAAUGAAUUUCUUAAGCGUAUGCGUUGCUCUCUGCAUGUGUAUUGUUUUGGCAUCGGGCCAAUUCUUUGGUAACGGUUUCGGACGUGAUUUCGGAUACAGUGGAUACAACGCAUUAAGUGGAGACUUCGGAGGACCGUCAGCAUUCAGCGGUGGUCUGGGAGUUGGCUCAACAAAUGUAAGAGAUCCACGACAAAAUCGAGGACCAGUAGUCUUCCCCGAUCCACCCCAAGACGGACCAAUGGAAAGCAGUGGUGUGAUAGUCGGUGCAUCUGGUUUCGGAUUUGUUCCACCCAGUGGACAACCUGAUCAUAGUGCCACGGCUCGAUACUUAUCAAACCGAUUUAACAGUCGAUAUUUCAACCAGUUCAGGUAUUUCUAAGUCAUCAGAACAUGAAACUAUUGCACCAAAGUCAAACUAUAGACGAUAAACCUAUACCAGAGUAUCCAAUUAAACAUAAACCAACCAGCCAAUAAUUUAAUUUAUUACAAAAAAUAAUAAAAAAUAUGUGAAGUCAAAGUGGUCAUUGAUAGCGAGGGCGGCAGCCUUCACAUCAACUUAAUUUUUUUAUUAAAUAUUUUUUAUGCCUUUCUAAAUCGCGAGUAAAAGCAUUUUCGAAACCUUUGGUUUACGCAACACGGAAGAAAAUAUUUGUCUGGUCUGGAUACUUGUAGUCCUUGCUAUUGGCUCGGGCUACAAUUUCCCCACUCGUCAAAAAACAAUUCUCUCCCUAGUUGCGUACAUAACAAUAAAUUUCGAUUUUAAAUUUACGUCGCGCAUCGUUACCGCUCCAAAAUGAAAUUAAUUUAUUCAAAGUGUUUCCAUUUAAAUUGUAUAAAAUGUACAGUAGAGAGUGUUUUAUUUUGUGUUAAUUUAUAAGAAUUUUGUAAAUUUUACUGCAUACUGUGAAUGCUAGAAUUAUAGUUUUUAUUUCAUUAAUAUAUUUACAAUUGCUAAACUAAA